AUGGUCCACCUCGGCUACUUCGACACCGCCGAAGAGGCGGCCACCGCCUACGCUCGCUCAGAGUGCGGCCGCGCCGACGCCGCCAAGCUACUGCAGCCUCACCCGGCUCCCACUGCCGCUGGCCUCGAGGCGAUACGGCAAGCGGAGAGGGAGGGCCUCACCCUGGUCACCAGCGGCAGCACCAGCACCAGCUACAAAGGCGUGACCUUCUACCCGAAGGAGCGAGGAAGCAAGAAGUACAAGCUGCAGGCAGUCAGCCAGGCGGGGAGGGAGGGCCUGAGUCUGACUACGAGCGGCAGCAACAGCGGCUACAAAGGCGUGACCUUCUGCCCGAAGCAGAAAGGCAGCAAGAAGUACCAGCUGUCGGUGUGGGUUGGCGGCAGGCAAGUCUUCCUCGGCAUGUUCGCCACCGCCGAGGAGGCGGCGCUGGCACGUGCGCGGCACCUGUGGGACACGACCGUCCGCCUGCUCGAGCCGCAGCCGGAGCAAGCACCGCCGCAAGGCGCAGCAGGGCCGUCCGAGGCCAGCAGCGUCGAGGAGGAGGACGGCUUCGACCCAGCGGACAUUGCCGACGCCGUGGCUAACUCGCUGCUCCACGACCCGCCUUCCGCGAGCGAGCAGAGGGCGGCGAGGCGGCAGGCGCGCGCAGCACGCAGAGCAGGCGGUGAGGGCGGGGGCGGCGGCGAUUUGUGUUGCCCCGCCGUGCGACGACGAGGUGAAGGCGGAGGUGGAGAGCUAUAG